AUGGCACGCUACUCUAACCAACCGUCUUUUAGACCGUUGGAUAUGGAUCCAUCUUCUAUUGGUUACAACGUUGGAGAUCUCAGGACAAACUUAACAGCUUUCAAUGUACUAUUGAAGCGAUUAGUAGUUCGAAUGGUGAAUGAAGCUUCAUCAUCAUCAUCAUCAGGAGAUGAUGUAUCAGUCUCUAACAGUAGAUUUGGCGUAGGUACGUUCUCUAAUGGAACUGAAGUUGCAGUAAAGAGACUGUCAAGAACUUCAGAUCAAGGUGAAAUUGAGUUCAAGAACGAGGUGCUUCUUGUAGCAAAGCUUCAGCAUCGAAAUCUCGUUAGGCUUCUCGGGUUCUCGCUGCAGGGAGAAGAAAAGAUACUAGUCUACGAGUUUGUUCCCAACAAGAGCCUUGAUUAUUUCCUCUUUGAUCCAGCAAAGAAAGGUCAGCUAGAUUGGACAAGACGGUACAACAUCAUCGGAGGGAUUACGAGAGGGAUUCUAUAUCUCCAUCAAGACUCAAGGCUAACAAUUAUACACCGUGACAUCAAAGCUGGUAACAUUCUUUUAGAUGCUGAUAUGAAUCCCAAAAUAGCUGAUUUCGGAAUGGCUAGGAAUUUCAGAGAUCAUCAAACUGAAGCUAAUACAGGCAGAGUAGUUGGAACCUUCGGCUACAUGUCUCCAGAGUAUGUGACUCAUGGACAAUUCUCUACCAAGUCUGAUGUAUAUAGCUUUGGAGUGUUGAUUCUGGAGAUUGUUAGUGGCAAAAAGAAUAGCAGCUUCUAUCAGAGGAAUGGUUCAGUUUGCAACUUGGUCACACAUGUUUGGAGGCUUUGGAAUAGUGAUUCACCCUUGGAACUUAUAGAUCCGGUGAUUAGGGAAAGCUAUGACAAGGAUGAAGUCAUAAGAUGCAUCCAUAUCGGACUAUUAUGUGUUCAAGAAACUCCUGCGGAUCGUCUAGAGAUGUCUACAAUCUAUCAAAUGCUUACCAAUAGCUCCAUUAUUCUACCUGUGCCUCGACCGCCUGGAUUUUUCUUCAGAAACAGACCCAAUUUAGAUCCUUUAACCUAUGGAUCCGAGCCGGGCCAAUCCAGUAGCAAGUCUGUUCCUUGUUCUAUCGACAAUGCAACGAUCACUGCAGUCACUCCUGGUAGAGCUAAUUCGUGA